GUUUCGAUUAAUUACCGUUGAACGAAUAUGGAAAGGGUUCUGCGGAUACACCCAUUACACUCAAUACCUUGUAAACUAUAUCUUCUCUGUUGCGCAGACGAAUGACCUUCUAAGACAUGAAAACGCAUUUUAAAGUGAAGUCGCUAUUAUUUUGUGUAUCUUAGUUCCUCACGUAGCUGACAUACGUGAAAGUUAGGCUCUUUGAAACAAUUCAAUAUCCUAACAAGCGGCGCAAAAUGGGUUCUUUUCACAAGAUUCACGUGGUUUGUUUAUUGAGUUUUAUUUUGAAAGCUUGGCAUGCCGAAUGCGACACUCAGCAAUUGUCUUGUUCAGUAGAACAGCUUGGAGCGAACGCCCAAUGGAAUCCGCAAGUUCCUGACAAAGGGAAGGAGCCGCAAGUUUGUGUUAGUCACACGAAAAAAACGUGCUGUACAAGACAAACGGAAGCAUCUCUUCGCAUUAAAGCUGCGAAGAAUAUCAAGACUCAAUUGCAAACUAAAUAUAUGGCUGCAAAGAAAGCCAUGUUAUCGCUUUUUGACGAUUUGAAAGGGCAUUUUCAUAGUCUCAUGGAAGAAAGUAACAGACAGAGUAUUACCUUUUUACUGGGUAAACAACCAAAUCUUACUGCAGAUGAAGUCAUUGCAGUAUCUAAGUUAUUCAAAGACCUUGAAAACUAUUUGGCUGAGGAUAAACAAGAACUAGAAGACAUUGUGAAUGCAUUCUUUCGCAGUUCUUUUCCAAUGCUGUUAAGAUAUUUCAAUCCAGAAGGAAAGACUCUCUCAGCAAAGUAUAAAAGUUGUUUAAAAGAUAACAUGGAUAUAAUUAAACCAUUCGGUACUCGCCCAGCAGAGUUACUUGGUAAGUUUGAGGAGGUUUUUGAGCCAGUGGGAAGCCUCUUCAAAGGCCUGAAAUUUGGAGUAGAGGUAUUAAGCUUGGCACAACAGUUCAACUUCACAGAUGGAUGCAAAAAUGGUCUUUUGGAGAUGAAAUUUUGUUCAUUAUGCCAGGGUCUUACCCAAGUGAAGCCAUGUUAUGAAUUUUGUAUGAAUACAACAAGAAAAUGUCUGCUCUCUGAAGCUCAACUUCAAAGAAAGUGGGGCCAGUUAAUAGACACUGUUCUCUCACUGGCUAAAAGUGUUGGAAACUCAAAUUUGGAGAACUUUUUAAACUCUGUUCAUACAGACUUAUGGCAUGCUGCCACCUUUAUGUUACUACAGAAGGCUAAUUUAAUGCCGCAGGUUUUGAAGGAGUGUGGCGAACCUUCCUACAGUGAUGCAAAGACUUCUCCUUAUAAAGAAUCUGUUUCACCGACUCCUCAUGUCAAAGAGCGACUCUUUGCUAAAAUGGAUGCUGUUCAUAGGCAGCUGAAUGCUCUCAACUCAUUCUUCCACGAUUUAGCUCGAGAGUUUUGUGUAGUUGAUGGUCUUGCUUCACAAAAGGAAAACAUUGACAACUGUUGGAAUGGAACAUUUGUAGCAAGGUAUGAGCCAAAGCAAGGUGAUUCAUCUUUGUCACUAGAGAGUAAAAACCACUUGACGUUUCUUGAGAGGAAGAUUCAUGGCCAGAUUAAAAUGAUGGAAAAGUAUACUAUCACAAGAGAUGAUGAUGAUGAUGAACUUGAUGGAAGUGGUAGUGGGAGUGGGAGUGGUGACAAAAAUGGAAACAAAAUCAGUGAAAGUGGCUGUGGUGAAGAUGAUGAGGACUGUGGUAGCACAUCAAGCGGAGAAAACAAUAACAUCGGUGAUUUUGAAAGGGAAAAUGACUUUGAUUUCAUUACAACACCUUCGUCAAUCAAAAGCUCUGGCAAUGAAGUCCUAGGUGGGGGUUUUGACCCUACAUCAACUCGCAAGUCUGGUGAUGUGUUAGCUCAGGGUAAUUCAUCGUCAUCUCUUGCUGUCACAUGGCUACAGUUUUUUACUCUACUUCUGUUGGUAUGGUUCACGAGAGGAUAGAAACAUCUCAGCAGUCACUCUGACCUCAAAUGGAAUUGAAACAACAAGAAAUUGGUCCUCCACCAGAGUUUUCUCUCAAAGACAAUAGAUAGAAGUGUAAGGCUUAGUUCAAAGUCUUUCCAAAUUGUUAUAUAAAACAAAGUGUAACUAACCUUUCCAGAGCCUCUGUUGUUGGCAAAGAGGGAGAGAUCAAAAGAAAAUAUUGUCUGUGGACUUCUAUGGGUCAUUUUUUUAGAUUGCACACUAAUAUGAUGAUUUGUUCAUGUUCAGUAUUCAUUCAAAAGUCAUUCAUUACUGGAGAGAUGGUGAAUUGUGUGGCUUAGAAGUUUGCAGACACUUGUUUUUCUCUUUCCUUGCCCCUUGUGUUCAUGUUUUUUACUUUCCAUGAGGCUCUUUUCUCACCAGACAACAAUUUUAAGGGAAAGAAAGGUCGAUGAUAAAGGCCCCAGUGUAAUAGCUAGUAGAUUGAUUUUUUUUCUUUUAAAUCUGAACUUGUUAUUAGUCUGUACAUGGUAACUUGGAAGAUUACAAUAUGCUGCUUCUUUUAGAAGAAAAUGCAAUUGCUCAAGUAUCACAGAAGCCAAUUGAAAACAAUAUAAUUGCAACAGCUGAUCAGAACAAAGAUCCUGGUAAUACCAGAAGUUUUGAAAUGUUGGAUUAAGUUUGGGUUUAUUUGCAUCUGAUUAGCCAAAGGGUUGAGGAGGUGGUGGAACCAAACAUUUGAGAGUCAGUGCAUCCCAAGAUUACUUAUUAGGACUGACUUUGAAAGAAUAAUUGUUAGAUUGCACAUGGAGAAAAGUUAUUUGAUUUCAAGUUAUAGUCAGCUGACCUAUAAUGAGCUAGUUACACCUAAGGCAAUUAGUGAUUGUCUUUUGGUUUGGGAAAAGAAUAGCUUGAAACUAACAGGGAGGCAUUUUCUUUGAGGGUAGGACAGAGAAAUGGAGACCUGCCAUCAUGCGAGACUAUAGUUCCUAAGUCCAUCACAGAAUAUGACUAAAGUUAAGCAUUGACUUGUAUACUACUGUAACAAAGUUAUAAGGCAGUUUAUUUAUUUUUCCAAUUGAGACUUUCCAUGGAAAAUUUGAAAAAAAAUUUAG